AUGGCAACGGACAGCACAUCCUUUUCUCCCCAAGCCCUCGGUGCCUUGACCACAACGCGAAACGAUGCGAACCUCACUCGACGCGAACGAAAGAGGGCGAGCGAUCGCAUGUCCCAGCAGGCAUCCCGCGCAAAGACGAAAGCAUACAUCGCCCACCUCGAGAGGAGCGUCGCAAGACUUACAGAAGCCCAAAGUAAUAAUGGGCCGAAUCUUUCUGAACAACUACGACAGCAGUUUGACGAGAUCGCCAGCCUGAAACAAGCUUUGGCGCAGAUCGCUAAGCUUGCAACCAACUCAAUCUCUAAUCACCAUGGCGAUGACGACGUGGAUGACCGCACUCGCUCAGCGUCACGACCCCCGAACGAAAAAAGCUCCAGACAUGGACAAAGUUCAUAUAAUCCAGCAUGCCACCCGCAUCAAGAGUCACUCGGCCGCCUAUACCCCUCCAUCGAUCUAAACUGCGGCGAUAAACAGCGCGAUUAUUUCCAAGCCUUCAGCCAAGCGCUCGUUACCAUCGAGAGCGACGCGAGCGGGCACGCUUUCUCGGACCCCGAAGUCGACGACGACAUUAACAUUAGAGCGGUGCUGGACGGCUGGGAUGCAGCGAGGGCAAGGAACCCAUUCGACAUCGGCUGGCUGAUGUUGCAGACUGUCGAUGAGGGGUUUCUCUGGCGCAGCGGGCCAGUGGAAAGGAUGGCGAUGCUCCGGGUGAUCCGGUCGAUGCUCAUGUUAAAACUCAACCCACAACUUCCACCGAGCAGGAGGCCGCCUGCUUACAUGAAUCCAAGGCCCGAAGUACGAGAUUACCUCAUCCUUUUCGGCAUCAACUACGCUCCCGAAAGUCUCGCGGCUAAAUUCGCCAGCGAUAUUGGGUUUAGGUGGCCAUACGAUCUGAGAGACACAUGCAGGUAUCAGCCCGCGAAAGGGAUAUAUAGUUUCUCCGAGGACUUCAAUCAAGCAUACAAGAACCUGGACUCGUGGUAUAUGAAGUCUACAGUGGUAACGACCUACAUACCGCCCUUGCCUUCUAAUCUAUUGUAUGCGGGGUCGGAUGAUGAUGACUGGCUGAAAGAAAUAACGGGCGAUGCUCAAGUAUCUCCAGAAUCUGCUCGUCAUAUCGAGGAAGAAGGAGAACGAGACUGGCUACUGUUGACUGCAAUGCUUGACGAGAUUCCUAAAUAG